UCCUCCAUGAGUGAACAUCGCUGUGUUCCGCUCUCCUCACCAUCACUGUGCCUCACUCCCUCAACAACUUGUCGAGUUUAAACACGUAUUUAACGAGUAUAUAUUUGUAGAGCAAAAACAGAAUAAUUACUAAGAUACGGAUAUUUUGUGUAACUUUAGAGAGGAGAUAAUGAGAAGUGGUUGACCCCACCACCUGCUUGCUAGUGCCAGACACACAAGAAUUACCCACCUACAAAAAAAGUCUACAAGAGAAACCUGUCGCCAGUAUCUGGUCUAUGAGAGCAGCAGUGCUCAGUCACCUGCUACACUGAGAGUUGAGUGGCGGUGGAGCAAGUGAGAGUGGUGCAGCGCCCCACCCCAGACAAGGUCAGCCCUCUCCACCUCUAGCAAGAGUAGGUGGGCAGGAUCACUGCGGCGGAAGGUGCAGAGGGUAGCGGAAGCCUCCGUCCAGCACCAACAUGAGGGUAAGAGCCCACAGCAGCCAGGAGAGCGGCCAGGGGCGCCCUCACACCACCUAGUGCCGCCAUCAUACGCCGCCUUCGUCAGCAGCAAGUGCAGCAGCAGGAGCCAGAGUCUGAGUGGUCAUCCUGAGUGUGUACUUGCCUGAAACCCUGCCUUCAGAAGACAACUUUGGAGUGUGGUGCUGAUAUUGCCUCUCCUCCAGUGUUGCAGCCUCUUACAAUGGUAGACAACCCGAUGUACGCCCGCAACCAUGACCUUAUGGCUGGUUCUGCAAGCUUUACAAUUGGUGGUGCCACAGUGAGUUCAGUAUCAGAUGGAUCGACUAGAUACAUACUGCGUGACUCUGCACCAAUACACAAUAACCGUCUAAAUGUCAUGAGCAGAAGCCACAAUGAAAGACUACACCAUGCCCUUAGGACACCCACCCCAGAAACCUCAAGAUAUGAACCUAACUUCAUGUUAAGUUCCCAACUCUCAGAAUACCCAAAAUAUGACUCUUGCUACACAAUGCGAUCAGCCUCUCCAAGAACCUUGCGCAAGUCUGAAUCUAGAUACAUGGUUCGGCCAAAAAUUCGUACAGGAACCAAACAAUUUGACCCAAGAUUAAUACUACAGCCACCAACACCUGAGCUUCCCCGAAGUUAUGGAUCCAAGCACAGUGAUGGGCUGGGAAAGGAACGGAAGGAGGUCGAGCCAGGCACUCUAUACGACUCAUAUUGGCACAUUCCUCGAGCUUCACUCUGGUGUUCACACAAAGGCUGUGUGUAUGAUUCACAGCCUUGUAAAGAAUGCCAGUGGAAGGAAGAAUGCUCAUCAACAUGUUCAUCCAUCAAUCCCCCACCAACAUUUACAGCACUUGACAACUACCGCCCAGUCAGACCACGCCCUAAAUGCCACCAGUGUAGCUGUGGCAUCAUCUUUGCCAUUACUACAGUUUUUUCACUUUUAGUUCUUCUGCUAAUAACAGGCUUCAUUCUCUAUAUUGAAAUGGUCCUGAAGCAUCAAACAGCGACAGUUACAGACCGGAUGUAAAACAAGAAGCAUUUCUCUCAUGUGUCAUGAUAGCAUAUGAAAGUCCUUUCAUUAUGUACAUAUACGAGAGAGAGAAAGUACAGUAUUUUAGUCUUACCAAACAGGUGUUGGUAUGAAACUAACAUUGUUAGGAGCCCUCUGCUUCUUAUACCAAAGAUUUACAAUCAUUUCAAUUCAGUUCCUCAAUAUCUGACAGUAUCUCCAUUGUGUAUAUAGUCACCAAGAAGUUACUAGGAAAACCAAAAGCCUAAAUUUUGGGGUACAGUAUCUAUUUAUCCCUCUUUCAUCUACUCACUAAAAGAUUUAAAUAUUGUAAUACUGGAUAUCAAUUUAGGAUUAAAGGCAAUUUUUGAUAGUGUCCAAGAGACAAAGCAUUGUGAUCUCUUGUCUGUUAUGUAUUGUUGGCAUGUUAUAUCCUCAGCAAACAGGGAUACUGAUUGUUAAUUUAAAUUGCAGGAUUUCAUGUCUACACUAUAUGCCACUUCCACUGAGGGUCUUAAGCUGACAUUAAUUUCAUCAGACUCAUUUUAUAUACAAAGACUAGCAGAUUUAUUUAAUAUCUUAUAAUUCAACAUGACUAGUCUCUUUGUUUAUAUAAAUUAAUAGUAUGAUGAAGCUGUUCACUUGCCAGCUACAGUUUUGUACUUCAUACACCAAAAAAAAAAAAAAAAAAAAAAGACCUGUUUGACUAGGAAAAGUAUAUCUAAGCAUUACAAGAAAAAAAAAAGUCAUUCCUCCAUAGUAAAGCCAAAGGAAGUUGUCUCUUCACUGUCAAUAAUAUAAGAAAAUCCAGCAGUUGGUAAACAUUUCCUAGGAAUUUCGGCUGAUGACAGUAAGUUACUUUUAACUGAAAGACUGAUUAUUACUAUAUUAUUACUAUUAUUAUAAUUACCAUUAAACAUGAGUGGCAUGAGUACCCAGGGCAGGAAAAGUAUACAAAGAAGAAAUUUAAAUUAAAAAUAUUAACAUAUCAAUGCGCUCGAUAUGGUUGAAUAUGCAUCAUCAAAUACUGGUAUGAAUCAUAACACUUAUACAUUGCAAGCCCAAUAUUUUGUAGCAUUACGGCCAAUGCAGUAUUGUACUUUACUGUAAUACUGUACAGUACUAACCAGUACCUUAAUAAUAUAAAAUCACUGUGUGAAGUCUUGCAUUACUCUUUUGAACAUUAUAUGUUAGUUUAAAAUUAAUCUGUGGCAUUAUUCCAUUAACUGUGGAUCAUGACUUACUGAUAUAUUAGCCUCAAUCUUAAUUUUACAAACUAGAUUGAUAUAUCUAGAAACAUAAUGUGUAAAUAAUUUUUCAUGCAGUUCUUCCUAUUUAAUUUCAAACACAGUUAAAAAACUAUUGGGUAAUUAUCCUUUUUUUUUAUUCUAAGGUCAUCUGGGUAUUAGGUAAAAGUGCCAAAACCUAUGUAAAUAGCAAAUCAAUCUAUAAAGACAACUGCCCUAUGUAUAAUCUUAAUUUGGCAUAAUUAUCAUACAUCAUGUCACUUAAGUUUUAUAUGAAAUAUGGAUCUUAUUUAGCUAGUCUUCAGUAAAAAAAAUUCAUUUAACCUUUCAAGGUAGACCUGCAAAGUGCUAAAAAUUAAAAAUUAUUACAAAAAUAACAAUAUUCACAUUACCCUUAAGUUUGGUAAAGCUCAAGGGCUUGUAUAGUCCAAAUAUACUUGGAAUACGAGAAAACAACAAAAAAAUAAUAGUAGUUUUCCUGCUUUAUGAUAAGGAUGGACUUUUGUAAAUUUGAACUGGUGGCCCAUGCUGAUAUUGUCAGGUAGUUAUCUGUGAUUAUCAGUCAUUCCAAUGACUGUCAUUUAGUGACUUACGUCAACUUUGUUAUUGAUGUGUAGUUAGGAUUUAUGUUAUUCCAUGAAUACGAUUUUCAAUAAGCUACUUUUCAAUGACUAAAUUUACCGUUUUUUUUUUAUAGUACAUUAGGUAAAUGACAGCACUGAUUAUGUCAGCCUUUGAGAAGGGGCAUACAUCACAAUCCCAUGACCCACCGAACUUCAACAUUCUCACCCAUCUUUCAUUCACCAGAUCUCAAGUCCAGUUAGCCAGUUUUCCAGAAUCCCUUCAUAUAUAUUACCUUGCUCACACCAAAACACUUUUCUUCACUCACGACGCUCGAAACACUUUCACAAAUGACCGCUGGAUGCUGAAACCUCUGCCAUUCAAAACCUUCAUCACCCCCUCUCCUCUUUAAAUUAUAAAUACCUAACAUACUAAUAAACUUCUUUCUAAUCUCUAUGCUUCUUAUUCUCAGCAUAAUAUUUACAAUACACACUGAUCUCAAAUAUAACAUCUCCACUGCCUCCAGCUUCCUCACUGCAAUAUUUAAAGGCUAUGCUUUAUAUCCACAUAAAAUUGAUGGUAUAUAUAAAUAAUGAGAUAUUCGUCUCACUGCCUCUAAUAAUCCUUUUUUUUUCUACAAAUGUUUCAAAACUUCACCUGCGUUUCUUCCAAAGUCCAUUUUUUCAGCUUGUUUUUCAGUGGCCCAUUUGCCACUUCAUGCACUUCAAAUAUCUACAUACAUUCACCUCCUCAUUACUCUAUCCUUCAAAUCUUUCAUUUUUUUAUUUAUUUUUCUUAUUCUAAUACCUUGCUCUUGCCUAUGUUCAUUUUCAACUUUCUUUUACACUCACUCCCAAACUCCUCCAUCAGCUUUUGGAAUUCUCUUCACAAUCCCUCACAAGCACAGUGGAACUGUGUUAUUCCAGUCAUGGUACAGUAUUGUGCCUUUUUAUUCUUUAAGAGUAUACAUAUAUACAUAUGUAAAUGUAUGAAAUAUAACCACAGUGAAAAGUAAAACCAGUAUUAUUACAAGUGCUUUAGUGAUUUCUCAUAUGAAGAAGGAACAGUGAGAUCAUGAAAGUGUUUGGCAUAAUACUGUUUUUCACUGUGGUUAUAUUGCAUAUCAAGAUAUCAUCUGUUUCUUGUGAUCUUAUUGCAUAUGUAAAUAUAUAUGCAUAUAUACAUAUAGUGACAUCUAAACUUUCAUAUCUGGACACCUCUGCAAAGACAGUGAUUAUGUGUGAAUGAUGGUGAAAGUGUUUCUUUUUUGGGUCACCCUGCCUUGGUGGGAGACAGCCAACGUGUUAAAAAAAAAUAUAUACAUAUACCAUUCACUGUGGUUAUACUACACAUACAUUACACAUUUUUUCUCAAUAAAUUUUACAUCUUAUAUGCCAAAUACUAAAUACAUAUGAAAUUUUACUUUAUGGACAAUAAUACCAUAAAAUCUCAUUACAUUCUCCACAUAUUCAAACCUUCCCACAAUAUUUCAUGGAAAAACGUUUACUACCAUCUAUAUAUGAGCUACUUUUCAGCACAAUGACCAAAAGGUUUGUGAUUUCAAAGGGUUAGUAUUAUCUCAUUUUACAUACAUUUAGAUAUGUUGUAAUUAUCAUAAGAACAAUGUAUAAUAUAUGUCAUACAUAGUUUAAGAGCCUGGCAUUCAAUAACUCACUGUACCUUGUUUUGUACCCUAUUUAAAAAAAAAAUGAAAAAUAGGCAAAUAAAUAUAUAGCUGGUGCUUUUACAUUUAUUACAGAGAUUUCACAGCAAGUUUCUGGUUAAUCCUUCUAUAAAAUGUUUAAUUUUUUAGUAAAUAUAAAGCUAUACCUGGAGGGUGUUCUGGGUGUCAAUGCCCCCAGGGCCUGGUCCAUGAAUAUUUAGUAGCUGUACAACUACUAAAUAUAUAUAUAUUUUACAUAUUUUAUAUGAUGCCUCCCAGUACUAAUAUCUAGACUCUGUGAAAGUUCUGUAAUAGCUACCAUCCUAUCACAGUAUCACUCAUUGUAGCACGUAUUAAUGCAUGAUGUAAAAAACAUAUGUGUGUGAAUUUGCUUUUCUGUGAAGAGCAUUUGUUAUGUGACUAAAUAAAUUAUAAAAGAGUAAUAGAUUUUUAAUGAGCCCAUUCAUACUGGUUUCAACUAUCUACGAAUAAAUCUUUUUUACCUCAUAGGCUAUCUCUCGUCAAGGUAUUGUGA